AUGGUAAGUGAAAGACUUUUGCUAUGUUUUUGUGAAGUUUUUUCAAGCUUUCUUUCUAAAUUUAGCAAGUUUUGGCCAGGUGAAACUGUCACUGGUUAAAGUUCAUUUUUUGCAAAACUUCGUAAGUUUUCAACCUUAUUUUUGCACCAACAUGUUUUCGUUUCUUUAACUUUAGCGUGAGUGUAUUUCUGUUCAUGUCGGCCAAGCCGGAGUGCAAAUUGGAAACGCUUGCUGGGAGCUGUACUGCUUGGAGCACGGCAUUCAGCCAGAUGGGCAAAUGCCGAGUGACAAGACCAUUGGCGGUGGAGAUGACUCCUUCAACACUUUCUUCAGUGAAACUGGAGCAGGGAAACACGUCCCCCGAGCAGUGUUUGUGGACUUGGAACCAACUGUAGUUGGUAGGUUUUUUACUUUAUGCUUUCUAUUUUCUCGGCAUUGCAUGUGGAUUGAUAUUUGGACUUUAUUUUUUUACAGAUGAGGUCAGGACUGGGACAUACAGACAACUGUUCCACCCUGAGCAACUUAUCACUGGCAAAGAAGAUGCCGCAAAUAAUUAUGCUCGUGGCCACUACACCAUUGGCAAAGAGAUCGUAGACCUGGUUCUUGAUCGAAUCCGAAAAUUGGCGGACCAAUGCACUGGCCUGCAAGGAUUCCUAAUUUUCCAUUCCUUUGGUGGUGGAACGGGUUCUGGAUUCUCCUCCCUCUUGAUGGAACGUCUGUCUGUCGAUUAUGGUAAGAAGUCCAAGCUGGAGUUUGCCAUCUACCCAGCACCUCAGAUCUCAACUGCUGUUGUGGAGCCCUACAAUUCCAUCUUGACCACCCACACAACAUUGGAGCACUCAGAUUGUUGCUUCAUGGUUGAUAACGAGGCCAUCUAUGACAUUUGCCGACGCAACCUUGACAUCGAGCGGCCAACAUACACCAACCUGAAUCGUCUCAUUGGUCAGAUUGUAUCAUCAAUCACAGCCUCGCUUCGAUUUGAUGGUGCUUUGAAUGUCGAUCUUACCGAAUUCCAGACCAACUUGGUACCAUACCCUCGUAUCCAUUUCCCAUUGGCUACCUAUGCACCUGUCAUCUCGGCUGAGAAAGCCUACCAUGAGCAGCUGAGUGUAGCAGAGAUCACCAAUGCUUGCUUCGAACCUGCCAACCAGAUGGUGAAGUGUGAUCCUCGUCAUGGAAAGUACAUGGCCUGUUGCCUACUGUAUCGUGGUGAUGUGGUCCCCAAAGAUGUCAAUGCAGCAAUUGCUACAAUCAAGACCAAGCGUACCAUCCAGUUUGUUGACUGGUGCCCAACCGGCUUCAAAGUUGGCAUCAACUACCAACCACCGACUGUUGUGCCUGGCGGUGAUCUGGCAAAGGUCCAACGUGCUGUCUGCAUGUUGAGCAACACCACAGCUAUUGCCGAAGCAUGGGCUCGCCUUGAUCACAAAUUUGAUCUGAUGUAUGCCAAACGUGCAUUUGUCCACUGGUAUGUUGGAGAAGGUAUGGAAGAAGGUGAAUUCUCCGAAGCCCGAGAAGAUUUGGCUGCUUUAGAAAAAGAUUACGAAGAAGUUGGUGUCGACAGUGUUGAAGCAGAAGGCGAAGAAGAAGGAGACGAGUAUUAG